AUGUCUAGCGCUAAUCUGAUCUUUUUCCGAUGUCAAACUUGUCACCUACCAUUGAUCGUUAAUGACUCUCUUCUCAAUCUUAGCACUGCGCAACAGCGACUUUUAACUAGCGAGAAAUCCAUCAACAAGAAGUCUAAAGAUGCUAAGCAACAACUACCGAAGCCAGAAAUGAGGCUUGCAGACACCAAUACUGACCGAAUGAAAAUGUAUAACGAAGCAAUGCAACAAUGCGAGGGGUUCCCAGAAGUGCUACAGUACAACAUUCCUUUGGGAGAUGACCAAGAAGAAGAUUACGAUGAUGAUGGAGAACUGAUGGAGACUAGAGGACCGAUGAUGUCGCCCAAGCAAUUACAUGCCAUCGAAGAUAAACUUUUGGAUCAACUUAGUGAGUUGCAAAUAAAUAUCGAUGACAUGGACGAUGAGAAGUUGCUAGAAGUCAUUAGUAAUUUGAAACGCAGUAAUGUCGAUAACCAAAAAACAAAAACUUAUGAUGAAGAUGAUGAUCCCACGGUAGCAUUAAUGAAUAAUAUUAAUAUGAAUAUGAAUUAUGAUGAUUUCCAAGAUUCAGGCGCCACGAUUUCCAAUAGAAUCAAUAUGUUGAGCAAAAUGUUUGGGAUUCUCUCAUUCAAGUAUGAUAUCGACUAUCCGGUAUGUGUGGAGUGCUCAGAUACUUUGUCAGGUCAACUUAAACAACAAUACGACGAAGCAAUAAAGGAGAAAAACGCCUAUUUGCAGUUUCUCAACAAGUUGAACAAGCAAACGUCGCCCAAUCUUGGCAAACUUGAUUCAUCGUUGAUGGAACUAAGGAAAUUAGAUGAAAAGUAUAUUGAUUCUCUAAAAGAAAUUGAAGAAUUAGAAAAAGAGGAAGCAGAACUAAAAGCGGAGAUCGAAGAGAUUGAUAAAGAAAUCGCCAAUGUCAAUAUCAAGGAAUCAGAUUUACUCUGCCGGAAGAAUUUGUACGAGCUUGAAUUGCUCGAGCUUAAUGAUUUGAAUAACCAAAUGUCGAAUAGUUUACUGGAAAAAAAAGAAAUUUACGAGAAGCUAAAGAAAUCCAAUGUUUACAAUGACGUGUUCAACAUCUCGUAUGAUGGCGCGUUUGGGACGAUUAAUGAUCUAAGGCUUGGGAAUUUGAAGAACACCAAAGUUUCCUGGGCAGAAAUCAAUUCUGCUCUAGGACAGAUCGUGUUGUUAUUGUCAAUAAUCAUCAAGAAAUUGAAUUUGAAUAUCCAAGGAUAUAAGCUUGUGCCUAUGGGAUCGUAUUCUAAGAUUGAGAAGUAUGAACCAAUGGCGUACCAAACGUCGUCGGCUGGAGUCAACCAGACCUCCAGUACAGGAGAUGGACAAUAUAAAAAGACGAUUCUUGAAUGCUUCUCUUCAGGGUCUUCGACGUUUGAACGACUAUUCACCCACAAUUCGUUAGAUCAAGCAAUGAUUGGAUUGUUGAACAUUAUUAAACAAAUGGAGGAUGAGCUUAAGGAGAAGUACGAUAAAGCCAUAGAAUUGCCAUAUCCGAUUAAUAUCAUCAACAAUAAAAUUGGCGGUCUUAACAUCAAACUCAAUAGAAAGAUCACCGAUGAUGAAUGGACCAUGGCAUGUAAAUUCUUGGUUACUAACGUGAAGUAUAUUUUAGCGUUCUCUAGCACUAAAAUCAAUAACCGGAAAUAA